AUGUCUCCUCCAUGCAUCGUGCUGUUGGGUGAGACAGGCCAUGGCAAGAGCUCAAUUGUGAACAACUUGCGCGAUCCAGGCAUCUCUGCAGCAGAAGUUGGUAAGCGUGGUGGUGGCGUGACACGGCAAGUCGCGGCAUAUGCCAUGCCGUCGGAAUGGAAUCUGCAGGUGGUCGACACCCCAGGCUUCGGCUGCGUUCACAUGUCGCUCACCAGGAUUAUCGCCGACGUCGAGCGGCUUUGCGCCGAAAAGGACGUGAGAGGUAUUGCGGUGACCUGUCCGGUGGAUUCACCUCGCCUGAUGCUCGGAACACAGGUCGUGCAGGUACUGAUCUCUCUUGGUGUCCGUGAGUGUGAAGCGUGGAACCACAUAAUCUUGGUGGGCACCAAGCAAGACAAGGCCGACGAUGCCGAUCGUUCAUUCUUCCAAUCUGAGUUGGUGCCGCACUUUUUCUGCUCUGCGCCAGACAGUGCCAAGCUCCAUGCGCUGGUGCAAUCGGACGAUUGCAGCCAGCUAGCCACGGCCUUGCAACGGCUGCCAGACAGCGCGCUUCUGUACCGACCGCCUGGGGCUCGGGAACUGGCAUCGCGAUUGGCACCGCUGCUCGGGGAGGAGGUGGACAGCUUUGCCAAGGCAGUGUGCGCGGCGCGCCAGGGCGGAGAGAGAAACGCCAAUUUGAGCAUACUAGUCCUUGGAGAGUGUGGCGACGGAAAGAGUACUCUGAUCAAUGCCAUGCGGGACCCGGCCUGCCAAGAACAGCAAGCUGGCAAGAACUUGAGAGGCGUCACCAAGGAGGUCCGCUGCGUACCAGGACUGCCUCUUGGUGACAUGGACGUCAAGAUCUACGAUACUCCAGGGAUUGGUGACAUGGACAUCUCACCUUCGGACCUGUGCAUGAUGCUGGAGGCAGUACUCUCUGGUGGAGACAUCGACGCCAUGAUUGUCACUUGCCCUGCAACUAACAAAAGCAUCCGCCUCGGAGGGCGUGUUGUGCAGCAGCUUGUCGAUAUGGGGUUCCAUGGUGAAGAUCGAUGGGCCCGAAUCAUUUUAGCAGGCACGAAAGCUGAUAAAGCCGAUGAUGAAGAGCGCAGAAACUUUCAGACCAGCGUGAAGGCAGACUUCUUCAGCAAGGCACUAGCAGCUCGUGAGGACGUUGGGAAUGCGGUGCUGUGCUCCAAUCAAGCUGGUGGUUACGAGGAUCUGAAGCAGUCUUUGCUCAGCUUGCCUGUGGGAAAGAUUAGUUACAGACCUCCCCCAGACGUGCAGUGGAGCCAGCGCAUGGCUGGCUUACUGGGCGUGGACCCUGCUAUGCUCGAGAAAGAGAGGCAGGAGCUACAGAAUUGUCUUGGCGAUCUUGAGGAGCAAAGGCGGCAGCUCCAGGAGACGCGGGCGGCCCUUGCCAUUCAGGAGCGCGACUUCAUCAACCUACGCACCCAUGUCGCCGCCGAAGAGGCCAGGCUCCGGAGGGAGCUAGAGGAGCAGCAGCAGGCCCUGGAGCGUUCUCGAGCGGACCAGGAGCUUCGUGGCGAAGCGGAUCGCCAGCAGGCCGAGCGAAGAAGACUGGGCCUGACGGAAGCACUUUCCAGACUCCGACAGGAGAAGGACGUCAUACUGAGUCAGGAGGCGAAGGCCCUGGAACACUACAAGAAGAAGCUAAGUCAAGAGAAGGAGGAGUUUUUGAAGCAUGCGGAGAUCCAGAGGCAGCGUCAAGUGCAGGAGGCGACUUAUGCCUCCCGCUUGACCCGAAUCGAACGAUUCUUAGCUUCAACUGUUGCUUCUGUGAGAUCCUGGCUCCCGACUUUCUGA